AGAGCCGACCACCCGUUGCCAUGCCUCGGAAAAUUGAGGAAAUCAAGGACUUUCUGCUCACAGCCCCGUGGAAGGAUGCCAAAUCUGUCAAGAUCAAGAAGAACAAGGAUAAUGUGAAAUUCAAGGCUUGCUGCAGCAGGUACCUGUACACCCAGGUUAUCACAGACAAGGAGAAGGCAGAGAAGCUGAAGCAGUCCCUGCCCCCAGGUUUGGCAGUGAAGGAGCUGAAAUGA